CUCUUUUAUUGAGUAGCAUGUGUUAAGAAUCUGUGGAAUUUAAUCUUUUCCAUUAAUUUAUUUGUUCAUACUUCUCUUUUAUUGAGUAGCAUGUGUUAAUAUGGUGCAUUAAGCAGUCCACUGUCAUUGUUUUGUCCAUUAGUGGUGUCAGCACCAAAUUCUUUGCAGCUCAUGCACCUUCCAGUUACGGAGAAUCACUGGAGGCUGCCCUUUCCAAGGGAUCCCUUUGGAGUUGGCGUGAAUCUUAGUCAAUCUGAAACAGUCUUAAAUCUUCAACAUGUUAGGCAGAACGGCCUUUAGAAGCAUGAUUAUUACAGACCCCUACUGAACACAGGCCAUCGCCCUCUGUCAGUGUGGACCUCAAACUGUGCCAUCGCUAAAGCUGCUUCCAAAUGGACACAAAUGGGACUAUCAUGCCCCCAAGUCACACUCAACCAACUUUAGAGCCUCCGAGUGUAAAGUAUUCCACAUGGGAUCCUACCUUCAUGACAUGUGUAUCAUGGAGCCACUACACAAAUAUGAGCCAUGCUUGCCCAGCUAUGAAACCACAAGCUCUGCCAACAACUAAUCAAUAUUAUCUGUCAGCUAUUGAGCCACAGGCUCUACCAACAACAACCGAUUAAUAUUAUCUUUCAGAACAUCUGCAGCAAUACACAUGAAACCCCAGUGAUGCCAUCCCAGACCCUCUUCCAACACAGAGUGAUCACUCUAAUUAUGCAGCAGCCAUAUGUUGAAAUUGCUUCUCACAACAUUUUCUCACAUGCUGGUGGAAACAAUGAUGUGGUACACUCUCCUCAACAAAUGUGUCACCUUUUCCCUGGAAGAAACCCUGUCAUAUCCAUGCCAAGUUCUUUUGAGUCUUCCAAUGAACAUGUGAGAAAUUUUUCACACUGUAGAAAGAAUCGAAUUCUAAUAAUGCUGAUAAGAAACCAUAUGAACUUGACAUUGAUUGCAUCAUAUGCGGGGAAGACAGCAGAACAAUGCUGAUGAUAAAGAGCAUUCCGAACAAGUAUACCUCAAAGAUGCUUCUGGCUGCAAUAGAUGAGCACUGUCAAGGAACCUAUGAUUUCAUUUAUUUGCCAAUUGACUUCAAGGCAAGUAAAUUAAUUUUUUGAUG